CUCGUCGUGAGUCUUUCCGUCGCUGCUAUGCCCGACCCCAUCGAGCUCGUCGAGCUAGCCAUCGCGCAGCGCGAGCGUGGCACGAUGCACCCGUCGAUGGACAGCUAUGACGGCGCAAUGGCACAGACCUGGGGAGGACCGCCGCCGCGCUGGUACCCGGCGGCGUUGGAGCAGUGGCCGUCGCGCUUUGCGGCCGCGGCCGGCCGGCGUGCGCUUGUCACCGGCGGCACGGGUGGGAUCGGCUUUUACGUAGCCAAGCUGCUCUGCCGCGUCGGUCUCACAGUCAUCCUGCCGAGCCGCCCCGACCUGUCCCAUGAGGCCGCCUCGGCGGCAGCCGCCAUCUCCGCAGCCGUGCCCGACGCAGCGGUGGUGGUGCCCGAGGUUCCGCUCGACCUCGGCUCCUUCGCGUCGGUCCGCGCCUUUGGCGCGCACAUGCGAGCGUCGGGCUCCGCGCCGAUCGACACGCUCGUCCUGAACGCCGGCCGCGGAGGCUCCUCCUCGGGCGCCAACGCGGCCUCUGUGGACGGGGCAGAGGUCUGCGCCCUUCAGACGGCGAGUCUUGAGCCGACACGCAGCCCUUCAGGCGUGAGAGACCUGCGUCUUGGCAGGUGAUCAUGCAGGUCAACCUGCUCGGCCACGCGCUGCUCGCCGCCGAGCUGCUGCCGCUCCUCAACCGCUCUGGCUUUGUGCGGGUCGCGGCGCAGUCGUCGGGCGCGCGCUUCAACGCGAGGGAGGCCGACCUGCGCGCAGACCUCGGCAGCAGCCUCGCCGCCGUCGCCCGCGCCUC